AUGGUACCCCAAAGAUUCUGUACUCUGCCGCAUCUCCACCCACCUCCUUCCCUUAAACCUCCUCCUCAUACAACAUACACUGACAAAGGCGAGAAGCACGAGCAAGGACAGUUUCUCUGCUUUGAUCACUUGACAUUCUGGGUUGGAAAUGCAAAACAGGCAGCGUCUUUUUACUGCAACAAACUGGGAUUUGAACCACUUGCUUACCAAGGCUUGGAGACAGGCAAUCGAGAUGUAGUCUCCCAUGCAGUCAAACAAAAAAAGAUUAUUUAUGUGUUCUCAUCUGCCCUCAAUCCUGGAAACCAAGAAAUGGGAGCUCAUUUAGUCAAGCAUGGAGAUGGCGUGAAAGAUAUUGCCUUCUCGGUGGACAACUGUGACGCCUUAGUGCAGAAAGCCAAAGAGCGAGGAGCUACAAUUGUAAAAGAGCCCUACACCCUAGAGGACAAGCAUGGCAAAGUCAGACUUGCUGUGCUGCAGACAUAUGGCGACACUACACACACAUUUGUGGAGAGGUCAGGAUACAACGGCCUGUUUCUGCCGGGUUUCCACCAGCCUCUAUUCAAGGACCCCUUGCUAGCCACAUUACCAGAGGGAAAACUGGAUUUCAUCGAUCAUGUUGUGGGAAACCAACCAGAGGAUGAGAUGGUUCCAGUGGUGGAAUGGUACCGAAAGAACCUUCUUUUUCACCGCUUCUGGUCAGUGGAUGACAAGCAGCUGAAGACAGAGUUCAGUGCCCUCCGCUCCAUUGUAGUUGCCAACCAUGAAGAGACUGUAAAGAUGCCCAUCAACGAGCCUGCAAUGGGCAAGAAAAAGUCUCAAAUCCAGGAGUAUGUGGAGUACUAUGGUGGUCCAGGAGUGCAACACAUUGCCAUGAACACGUCAGAUAUUAUCACAGCUAUUAGGAACCUAAAAAAGCGUGGGACAGAUUUUAUGUCAGUGCCUGACACAUACUAUGACCAACUGAGGGAGAAGUUAAAACACUCCAAAGUGAAAGUAGAACAAGACCUGAGUGUCCUGCAGGAGCUGAAGAUCCUGGUGGACUUUGACGAUAACGGCUACUUACUUCAGAUCUUCACCAAGCCAGUUCAGGACCGCCCAACAGUCUUCUUGGAGGUCAUUCAGAGACAUAAUCACCAGGGCUUUGGUGCAGGAAACUUCAAAUCUCUUUUUGAAGCCAUUGAAGCCGAUCAACAUGCCAGAGGAAAUCUGAUCGCCCUCGUACCCAAUGGUGUGUCCAAAAAUAUUUGA